CUACAUUUAUAUCUUCUAGUUAAUAAUUCAAAUUAAAUUCAAUAUUAAUGGCGACGCACCAAGCUGCGGCGGCCGCCGGCGGACAUUGUCUGUUAGCCGACGACAACGGCCGACACGAUCCGGCGCCGCCGACGGCCCUGCAGCGGGUGUACGAGAACGCGGCCCACCUGGCCAACUUCCUCCCCACCGGCACCGCCCUCGCCUUCCACGUCCUCGCCCCCGUGAUCACCGACGACGGCCGCUGCCCCGCCCCGACCGACCGCGCCAUGACCGCCGCCCUCCUCCUCUCCUGCGCCAUCUCCGCCUUCCUCCUCACCCUCACCGACAGCUUCCACGACCCCGCGACCGGCCACGUCCGUUACGGCUUCGCCACCGCGCGCGGCCUCCUAGUCAUCGACGGCCACGGGCCACUUCCUCCCGGCCUCGCCGCCCGCCACCGCCUCAAGCCCGUCGACUUCGUGCACGCCUUCGCGACGGUACUCGUCUUCGCGACCGUCGCCGUAUCCGACAACAACGUCCGAUCCUGUUUCCAACCGAUUCUGUCGGACGACGUGGACCGCGCCGUGACGGCGAUGCCGAUGGCGGUCGGGUUCGUGGUCAGCGCGGUGUUCAUCGCUUUCCCCACGACUCGCCACGGCAUCGGAUACCCUGUCAUGCACAAAUCUUGAAGCCAUCGAUGUCUAAUUAUUUGUUCGUUAAUUAUCAGAUCGAUAUGUAUCUAUCUUACGAAGUUGAUUCACUGGAUUGUUCGUGCGCCGUAUGUUUGUGUUCGUGUCCAAUUCGACUUCAUGAACAAAAAAGUCAACGUUGUGCCGCCACUGAUCGUCGUAUCGUUGACAUAUAAGGUCAAUUCAAGUU